UUGGCGUUCCAUAGUUCAAUGUUUACGUCCGGAAGAUAACAAGCAUGUAAUGUUGAUAAUUCAGGGAUGAUGAGUUAAUCUGGCACUGGUGGUUAAUUAGUAACCACAGACACGAUGGCCUACAAAUCCUAUAUGGACUCUGGUAGCAUGCAAACAAUUCUUAGCACAUCAGAACUCGAGGCCGAGCUUGAACAAAGGAGGAAAAAGGACAAACUGACCCCAAGAAAAAUGCCGCAGCCGGAUCGAACAGAUGUGUGCGUGAUCGGAGCUGGAAUCUCCGGGCUAGCGACGGCCAAGUGUCUCCGCGAGGCUGGCCUCGAUGUGGUGAUGUACGAGAGCACAGGAGAAGUUGGAGGGCUGUGGGUUUUCAGAGAAAAUUACUAUGGGGUCAUGAGGUUUACUCAUAUAAAUGUCUCGAAACAGAACUACUGCUUCUCAGACUUCCCUUUCCCAGAAGAUAGCCCGGAAUUCCCUCAUAAUUCUGAGAUGGCCAAGUACAUAGGAGACUACACAAAUCACUUCAACAUCAGUGAGUGCGUCAGGUAUCAUCGGAAAGUCACCAAACUUGAGAAAGAAGGAGAAGGGUGGAGAAUCACAUCCGUUGCAGUGGAGGAUGAUGGGAAAGGUCGUGAGAGGGUCGGACAAGAAGAAGUCCUCAUUGCCAAAUUUGUUGCCAUAGCAACGGGGCAUCAUGCCAAGCCAAGCUGGCCUAAAUUUCCAGGACAGGAGAAUUUCAAAGGUGAAAUCAUUCACAGCGUGGACUACAAAGAUGCCAUCACCAACGGAAUGGUAGGGAAGAGAGCCCUCAUUGUUGGGAUCGGGAACAGUGCUGUAGAUGCUGCCGUCGACCUGGCAACAGUUGGCAGGUGCAAAGAGGUUCAUCUAAGUACCCGCUCAGGGGCGUGGAUUGUCCCCAACUACCUGUUUGGGCGUCCCAUCGACCACUACAGCAGUCGAGUGGUUCUCAAGCUGCCUCUCGCGCUCAUGAAUGUUGUCUUCGAGACCCUAGUGGCCCUCAUACACGGUCAUCCAAACAAGUAUGGCUUGAACCCAAAGAUGCGGAUUCUUCAAACGCAGCCCACGGUGAGCCCCGUCCUGCUCAACCACCUCCAGAGGAAGCACAUCAUUGUCCAUUCAGACAUCGCCAAGAUGGAGGAGAAGAGAGUCACUUUCAACGAUGGGACAUCGGUCGAGGUGGACUCUGUUGUUUUCUGCACUGGCUACCAUAUUGAUCUACCUUUCCUUAGCAACGACCUCAGGUCAAAGGUCACAGAGGACGGCAACAAUAUCCUGAAGCUUUACAAGAACGUCUUUUCGCCAAACGUCGGUUCUUCGCUGGCCUUCAUCGGUUUUGUCCAGCCUGCUUCUGGGGGCGUGGUCAGUAUGUCGGAGAUCCAAGCGAGGUGGUUUGCUGAACUUUGUAAGAAGAAAAUCACACUCCCAUCAGAAGCAGGAAUGAGACAAGACAUAGAUGAAGAACAGGAGGAGAGUAGGAAGAGAUACCACAAGUCCGCCAGACACACCAUUCAGAAGGAUCCUAUACUCUACUGCGAUGAUAUCGCCCACAAGUUUGGGGCUAGCCCUCAGUUGUGGCGAAACCCAACCCUAGCAUGGAGGCUUUUAUUUGGGACCUGCGGACCGGCCCAGUAUCGGCUCCAAGGCCCGAACCGAUGGUCCAAGGCUGCUGCUGAGGUACGGAAGGUGUCUGUCACUGGUCUAGCACACUACGGUGUUCUAACUGUACUUGGUCUUCUCCUCGUAAUUACACUUUGGUUGCUAAUAGUUAUAGUCUAUUAGGUUAUUGAGAAUUCUAGUAAUGAGAGAAAGUGCCUUGACCCCGUUGGUGCCAGGGGCACACAGAAGUGAUCUGAUGGACAUUUUUAAUAAUGUAAUUUGACGUUUCUCUGUGCAAUGAUUGUGAUGACAUAAUUGUUUAAUAAUAAUAAUUAAUAAUCUUUAAAGUCCACUCCAAAUUUUAUUAAGUUAAACCGAAAAUGGAAA